AUGACGCUGGUUGAAACGUGAAGUUAUGCAUCAAUUCACCUGUUUGAUUUAUCGAUUUUGUCAGCAUCUUUUACCUGUGGAUUGAGCUUCGUCGUCUAAUUGAAAACCAGCAUUGGUGCCAUAAAAAUGGAUGAAAAAAAUCACAAAAAUGGUAAAGGUUACGAAGGUGCGAAUGACUUGAAAUCGGGCAAUGAGUUUAGCCAGUCAAGUUUGUUCAAGGAAGAAAAAGACGCCAAAUUCGUCGAGAAGUAUAAUGACACUGAUGUUGAAUUUAAAAAGCCAGCUUUUCCCAAGGAAACGAACUGUAAAUAUGAGGCGGACGGAUUUAAAACCAAGAAUAUUGAAGGCCAAAUUGAGGCAACGAACCAUUCCAACAGAACCUACUGGGCCGUGUUGUUACUUCUGAGCAUACUGUCGCUCAUCACCCGACUUCACAAUAUUGAGCUACCUAAACACGUCUGUUGGGAUGAAACACAUUUUGGAAAGAUGGGAGGCUGGUAUAUAAAGCGAACAUUUUUCUUUGAUGUUCACCCACCUCUAGGGAAGAUGCUGAUUGGUUUAUCUGGCGUCCUUACUGGGUAUGAUGGGAUGUUCCCUUUCGAGAAACCUGGGGAUGAGUAUGGCGAGGAUGUCAACUAUGUGGGCAUGAGAAUCUUCUGUGCCGUGCUGGGAGCUGCCCUAGUACCUCUGUGUUAUAUGAGUACCUGGCUACUCUGCCAGUCAACCAUAGCUGCCUUCUUCAGUGCGUUAUUAAUUUUACUCGACACGGGGACGCUAUCUUUGUCCCGACACAUCUUACUGGAUCCAAUAUUGCUGUUUUUUAUCAUGAUGUCUACGUACUCUGUGCUGAAGUUCUUGUCUUAUAAGGAACACCCGUUCUCAGUUUGCUGGUUCUACUGGCUGUCUAUGACUGGUCUGUUCUUGUCUGCUGCUAUAGGUGUGAAGUUUGUCGGUUUAUUUGUGGUAUUACUUGUUGGGUUUACCACCAUAAUGGACCUGUGGAGGUUGCUUGGAAUCAAAAAUAAUACCCUGGUGGAUCUCACCAAACAUUUUGUGGCUAGAGCGGCGUGCCUUAUAGCUUUACCAGUGAUCAUGUAUAUGGUUUACUUUGCCAUCCAUUUUAUUGUGCUGAACGAGAGUGGUAAUGGGGACGGAUUCUACAGUUCUGCCUUCCAGUCUCAGCUCAAGGGCAACAGGCUGUACAACGUCAGCAUGCCAGAACAUAUAGCGUAUGGGAGUGUGGUGACACUGAAACAGAGGCGGACUGGAGGGGCCUAUCUUCACUCCCACUGGCACCUCUACCCAGAGGAGCACCCACCACGACAACAACAGAUCACCUCAUAUACCCACAAGGAUGAGAACAACAAAUGGUUGGUAAAACCGUCAGACCAUGACCUAGAGAAAGUGGAGAAGCCACAGAUCCUGCAUAGUGGUGACCUCAUCAGACUGGAACAUGUUGGAACAAGAAGGAAUCUUCACAGUCACAGGGAACCUGCUCCGUUAACCAAGCAUCACUUCCAGUUGUCGGCGUAUGGAGAGAAUGGGACAGGAGAUUCUAACGACAUUUGGAUGAUAGACGCUCCUGGUAUGCCCAUCGGAACCCCCAUACAGACAGCCAGAUCAAAGUUCCGCUUGAUACACUACUAUGUACGCUGUGCCGUGUGUUCUGGAGAUAAGAAACUACCCAAGUGGGGCUGGGAUCAGUUGGAGGCAACUUGUAACCCUAACCUGAAGGACACCAAGAACCUUUAUAGUGUGGAGGAAGUGGAAGAUUCCAGGAUGCCUAAUUCCAGUUUUGAGUUGUACUCCCCCAAUUUCUGGGAGAAGUUUAUAGAGAGCCAUGCUGUGAUGACACAGGGAAACAGCAACCUGAAACCGAAGGAAGGAGAAAUCAGCUCACAGCCUUGGCAGUGGCCUAUAGACUUUAAAGGCCAGAUUUUCUCUGGGAAGAAUCACCGUAUCUACCUGCUAGGGAACCCGGUGAUAUUCUGGGGCUGUCUGGGGGUGAUGUUAGCAUUCUUUGUGGUGUACCUGGUGUCUGCUAUCAGGAUACAGAGAGGUGUGCAAUACACCAAGGUCUGGACAGAGUACAGAGAGAAGACAUUUGGGGCGUGUUGGUGGCUGCUGAUGGGCUGGGCUCUGCAUUAUCUCCCUUUCUGGCCGAUGACCCGCGUCCUGUACUUCCACCACUACUUCCCAGCCCUCCUCUUCUCAGCCAUGAUGACUGGUGUGACAUUAGACUACCUCAUCACCUUGAUCUGUGUGUCUGUACCAGAUAACCUCACCAUCACCGUCUUCAGUAAUUGUGUACCUUAUCUUACAGGUGUGACAUUAGACUACCUCAUCACCUUGAUCUGUGUGUCUGUACCAGAUAACCUCACCAUCACCGUCUUCAGUAAUUGUGUACCUUAUCUUACAGGUGUGACAUUAGACUACCUCAUCACCUUGAUCUGUGUGUCUGUACCAGAUAACCUCACCAUCACCGUCUUCAGUAAUUGUGUACCUUAUCUUACAGGUGUGACAUUAGACUACCUCAUCACCUUGAUCUGUGUGUCUGUACCAGAUAACCUCACCAUCACCGUCUUCAGUAAUUGUGUACCUUAUCUUACAGGUGUGACAUUAGACUACCUCAUCACCUUGAUCUGUGUGUCUGUACCAGAUAACCUCACCAUCACCGUCUUCAGUAAUUGUGUACCUUAUCUUACAGGUGUGACAUUAGACUACCUCAUCACCUUGAUCUGUGUGUCUGUACCAGAUAACCUCACCAUCACUGUCUUCCACACAUGUUUCGGCCUCAUCCUGUCCUCAAUUGUCUACAGUUUCUACCUGUUCCAUCCCAUGGUUUACGGUAUGUUUGGUCCAAUGGCCAAUGAGGAGGGAAGUCAGAUGCAUGGGCUCCGCUGGCUCAGUUCCUGGGACUUAUGAUGAAUGCUAGCUGAUAUACAGACCUCAGACACAUGAUUUACAACUUGGACCAUGCAGGCGGGAGCAGCAAGUAAAAUGACCAUUUAUUGUGUGCAGAAUUUUUUAAAUCUAUAAAUAUUGACAUUAUUUUUUUCCAAUUUCAUUAUUUAAUGUGUGCUGUGAUGAAAUUUGAGGUCUUUUCUAGAAAUGGAAAAAAAAAACAUUGUGCAAUUUACGGGACCAAAUUUCUGUUAUGCAAUCAGCAUGUGCCUUUCAAUGUAUUUUUUCAUAUCUAUGUCUAUUCAAACAUAUCAGAUCUGAUUACUUAUAAUAAUCAAAUAUGUUUUCAUCAUUUAAGAUGUCUAAACAAAUUCUGGAUAAAACUGUAUAACAGGGUUGUCAAAUUCAUUGUCGUGAGAUAUUAUUAUUGAGAUUAUAUCACGAGUGACUGUCCAUGUGUUAAGUUAUUUUUUCCCACUUCGUUGAGUAAAUCUAUAGUUUAGUGACGAGGAUUGAAGAAAUUCUAAAUCACUAAAACCUACUGUAUCAUUUUGCAGCUUAAGACACCAAAACAAUAUUGUGCCAUACAUUUACUUUGAUACACUCUGCAAUAAGGUUCCUGGGGAUAUCUAGAAUCAGCUUGUCUGUCUGCCCAUAGAAAUAAUCUAGUCCAGACUACCCUUACUUUCCAUUCAAUUUGCAUGUGUACAGGUUUUUUUUGACAGAGUUAUUGCCCUUUGUUUACCACCACAAUGUCGUCCAGACAACUAGUCCCAUAUUUGUCAUCCAGUUUAGAACUUGGUAGCCAUAACAACCCUCUUGUGUAAUUGUGUAUGUUUAGCUGACAUACAGAUCCCAUAGUUGUUGACAGAAUUUUUUGUGCUUAAACUUUACAAUCUUCUUGUGAUUUGAUUAAGGAAAGCUCACAAAUUAAUGUGAUGUUUAGUAGUAUGUCCUGUAUCUGCUACGCACACACCUUUUUCCUGUGUAGUGUUACUAUAAAACAAUAUCAUUAAACUCAAAUAUUUUUGAGGAAAUAAAAAAUUCCAACCAAAAAAACAAAACAAGAUUAUUGGACAGGUAUAUCCACAGACUGUCCUUUCCAUGGUAUGUUUAUAAUGAAUCAAUUUUGUUUUAAAUAGUGAGCCAAAAAAUUAAAACAGUUCCGACACUUGAGACUAUUGUUAGCUCCUGGUUCCUAUUACUAGGUAAGAUAAGUGGUAAAUUUGAGCAUAUUGGAUUUCAGCAAGGUUUAUUUCUGAUUGUAUGCUAUUAUUUCUGUAUGUUCAAACUCUGCUGCAAUCUUGUGUCAGGUCUGCUGACUACCAACCAGAAAUUUGUUAUCACAGGCAAAAGUCUUUUGUUUUAUUUCAAAAAUCAUACCUUAAUAAUUGUUUUUGUAACAUUUUCCUAAUGUUUAUAAAUGUGAAUCCGUCCCUUUCAAAGACAUUAUUUUUUUCUGAAUGACUGGUCUUUCAGAUAUAGGUGUGUGUUAGGGAUAUGUGAUUAAGACAUAAAUAGUUUCCUUUUUCUGUUACACGCACAUUUUGAAAUGUGGAUGUUUGCAGAAGGUGGGGGAGGAUAUUUUAAGUUAUCCUUUGGAGUAUAGUUUUUUUUCUUCUGUCUACUGGAUAACUGAACUACUCGGUAGUGAAGCGGACGUAAAACCACUCAAACAAACAAACAACGGUAGGCAACUUUAACUCUGGCACUACAGCAUAUCCUGGAAACCACUAUUGGCAUACUUGGGGGGGGGGAGCUAUUUAAUUAAAUCUUACUAUCCCAAUGCAUCAGAUUCCAACAAUUAAUUUUUAUUGUGAAGAUAGACCUCUUAUUUUGUGGAUUCCACUCCUAUCUAUCUUGUUACUUGUUGAAUGUAUUGAUUACUCUUAUCCAUUAGAUUACUUGUAGAUACAAUUUUUAACCAGUUUUUAACACAUUUCCCUAUUCAUUCCCCCCACCCACAUCUAUAAAACUUUUUUUUUUAUUUUAGGGUGGGGGGAGUUGACUUUUCAGCCGAUGUUUUGUCUCGUGAACAUUUUACAAUAAUGGCAUUGUAGUUUUGUGGUCAGUCUUUACCAAUGUCUUCCUAAUUUAGUUCACCAAACUUUUUGUUGAUUAUGACAAUGUUGGUUCAGAUCGUUUGAAAUGUACAAAUCUAAAGCAGAACGUGUAUUGAUAGGGAUGGUCAUCUCGACAAACAAUUUCAGCUCAAGUGUUUCUUACACUUCAUAAGAACUUGUUUUUUUAACGAGAGAACAAGGAAGCUGAGUUUUCAAUUAUGGUCUACAAUGUUUAUUUUUUACCAACAUUUGUAUAUUUUGUUACUUCCCUGAAGGAAGUCUGCUCUAAACCUGUUUAUCAUAUUGUUAUAAUUAUGACUCACUAUUACUGGGACACAAGUUUCCUGUUAACACAUUAGUAUAUAUAUUGAGUGCUUAAAAAUUGGGUGCACUUAAAAGAAGUUGUAAUUUUGCGUAUCAUAAUAGAAGUACAUCAUAUUGUUGUAUUUCUUUAUUUUCAAAUGAUCCAUAGGUCAUUUCAGCCAUCAGCCACUCAAAUUAUAGCUCUGUAUGUAUACUGAGUUGUAUAUAAUUACGUUAAUCAAUAUUUAGAACAGGUGAAAAUAGAUUAUAUUAUCACUUAAUUUUGUAGACAUAUUUUGUAUCCAUGUGUUGAACUCAGAUGUCAUUGUUUUACUCAUGACUAUUAUCUCCUCAUUUAGGGUCACAAAUCACUAAAGGUCACGGUAAAUUAUGAUAUUCACAUUUCCUCUGCAUCCUCCUAUUGCAAUGCGUAGAGAGAAUACAAUACGUAUCGUGACGCAUUUACACUAUCUGGUAAGGUGAAGUUGCCGAUCUGACUGUGACAAUACUGACUUUACUGGUCCAAGAACUUAGAGAAUUGACGUCAGGAGCGUGAAAUACCUAAAUAUAGCAAAAGUAUCAUUUCAAAAUGUAAAUGUAUACAGUAGAACAAACUGUGUUAUGAUCCUAUUACAAGCUGUACUUUUGCUGACAAAUUGUCAUUAUAAACAAAAGGUUCUGCUAGGCUUAAUGAAAUUUGUCAGCAAUAUUAAUGCAUGUUGUACACCAUAAGACAAAUUUGACUAAAACAUUCAUUGCUUAUUAAUAUACCUCUGCUUAGGGUCUGGUCAUCUCAUUGGUUCGUGUGUGUCACUGUUAACAUAACAUAUCCCAUAUAGAAUCGCCUUACAAGAUUGACAUCCAUUCUUUUGAAAUUAAGGUGUCCUAUCACGACAGCGUUGUGUCAACAUGAUUCCAAAUAAAAUCAUAGACUCUUGCAGGUCCAGUGACAUGACAAUUUGUUAUGGGCUUUUUCUGAUAAGAUAUGAUAUUUAAUAUCUGGUUGUGGAGAUUGUAUCUCAUCUAGGCCAAGCCUCAACAAAUAAGACUUCCUAAUCCAAAUUAAUAUGAUAGUCAGUUACCAUUCUAUAUGGAUAUUUAAGUAUUAUCAAUAAAAAACAGUUAUAUAGAUUACAAAUCAUUAUAAUUUAUAUUAUAAACACAAUCUAUCAAAGGAUAUUGUCAGGAUAGAUCUGUUAAAAUGUUUUGCAAUAAAUGUUUAUGUAUACUAUUAUAGAUAUUUUUUGCUUCAGCAUCAUCAACUAUUGAAGUGACUUUUUAGUUGCUGUUUAAAUUUAUUGAUGAAGAAUACGUUUAUCUCUAUAUAUUAAAUAUUUAAAUGAAUACGUUAUACUCGCUUAUGAUAUAUGUCUGUAAGCUUUAUCUGAUAAAGUGAAAUUGUUGGUGCAGUGCAUAAAUAUUUAUCUAUAAUUUAUGUUUUCAUAGUCUUGAUGAAAUGUUUCCCAAAUGUUUCAGAUUUUAUGUAUAAAAAAUGUGUGAAGUACGGUACGGUACCAGGCAUCUGAAUACAAACAUGUACGUUAAAAGGAUUUUACAACUACACAUUCUCAUGAUUAAGUUUUCACAAUUAUGAUCUUGAUACUAAUAGAUUGUGAGUAGGUACAUGUACUUAAAUAGACAUUACGGUGAGUUUAUUAUAGGUAAUAAAAUCUGCCCUAAUUGUCUGACCACUUCGUAUUGAGGUAUAAUCACUGUAUCUCCACUGUGGUUAAGUACUGGAUACCUACAUAACAGUACUGUGGCUGUGCUGACUGUUAAUUAAGAACAUCAAAGGACCACAUUUGAACCACAAGAUUAACAAAAAAGAACAGGAUUUGCUAUUACAUCACAAAGUAUAAAAUCUACCCAAGGAUCAUUCUACAUCUGUGUUCAAAGAAAUGUCCCUAAAUACUGUUUGUCCUUGUGGGUCGUUUAAGAAACAUAUUUAGUUUGUGUUAACUUUCCUUGGGACAUUUGUUAAUUUCUGAUAUUAGAUCCUUAUCAUCUUUAUAAAAAAAUGUUGAAUGAAACUGAUUGAACUGAAAGUUUCAAGGUAAUGGAGAUUGUAAUCUUGUGUGUAAGCUGGCAUGGUGGUGAUCUGGGGAGCUGGAAGGCUCAAAUUCUACUUAAGUAUAAAAAAAGUAUGAUCAUUUUAGGAUAAACCUUAAUUAUUAUUUUUUUAAAUAUGGAAGAUUUGAAUUACACUUGGUGCAGUCAUACAUGUCUCACAGUACACAUGUAAGUGGGGCCGCGGUGGUUAAGGCGUCUGCCAUUCUGGUACCACUAGCCCUCCACCACAGGGUCGCGGGUUCAAGACCUACGUGG